GCCGCUGUCGCCCCGGCACUGAGCGCUCGCUCGCACCGGAGGCAGCGCCGCCCGCCUGUGGUCCCGGAGGUGCCGAGAGAUGGAUUUGCUCUUGUGUAAAGCUGUGCAAAAACUGGGAAGUGCUGCAUCAGAGCUUUUGAACUUGGACAACUUCCAGUCCUGACAUCCAGAAACUCAUCCCUAUGGGUGGCAAAGAGGCUGGAUGCAAAGGAGGAAGCAUGGUAAAGGCAGCAUCUUCCCAGGAUUCAUGGGCUCUUUGAGAGAUGAUCAGAGGGAGGCCAGAUGAUCUACACAACACACACACCACUGUUUCUCGUCUGCAAAGGCAGCAUCGGAGUGUUCUCCCCAGCCCCGCGCCACCCGGCUUGCCCGAUCGUUUCCGGAUGUUUCGCAGCUGCGAAUGGGAAGUCCUGGAGCGAUCCCUCAAUAUCCUCCAGGCCAGUGACUUCUACUGGGGCCCCUUGUCCGUGGGGGAGGCUCACGCCAAGCUCCAGCGGGAGCCUGUAGGCACCUACUUGGUGCGGGACAGCUCGCAGGGGAACUGCUUGUUCAGCCUGAGCGUGCGGAUGCCCACGGGGCCCGUCAGCCUUCGAAUCUCUUUCCAGGAGGGCUAUUUCCGCCUCAAGAACUGGUUUUCAGACUGUGUGGUUCGGCUGCUGGAGCUGGUGGUGGCAGGGACCCGGAACAACCCCUUGCACUUUGAUGAGAUGGGGGGAACUCCCCUGGUCUUCUCUGAGCCCUUGUGCCGGAGCCGCCGGGCAGUGCCCACACUGCGAGAAUUGUGCUGCCGGAGCCUCCCUGCUGGUGCCAUGACAGAGGACAGAGCAGGGCUGGGAGGCUCCUUGGGGAUGUGUCUGAGGGAAGAGGAGUUCUCAUCCCUGGACAGAAGGGGUGGGUCAGAGGGGACUGUUGGCCCCAGGCCCUCUCUGUCCUGGGCUGGGAGAUGAUGCCAUGCAUGUGGGAGAUGAAGGGAGAUGACUCUUUUAUGACUGUGCUGGUGGGAUGUGCCACACCAGUGAGGCUGGACUGGCUGCUGGGAGAGGAAGGGGGAGGACAGAGGGAGCAGAGCUUGAACACAGUGGCUGUGACAGAAGUGUCCUCCUAUAUACACAGUGAGUGCGACUUUCCCCAGACAUGCCUGGGGUAAAGCCAUACCUGAAGAGCAGACAUUUCCACUGCCAGCAAGUCCUGCUCUUUGCUCCAUUUAUAACUUAAAAGUUUCAGAAAAAGGUGAGUUGCCUGUCCUCCCAGGUCAGCCCUGUGUUCUCUUCUACCCCAAAAUUCUUGAGCGCAUUUCUGCCUCAAAUCUGCCCUUGUGGAGUGCAGCUGAGUCCAGUCCCACAGCAGUGCAGCUUGGACAUUGACGGGCAUGACCCUUGUGCUGGCCCACGAAGCUGUGGUGAGGCAAGAGCACAUUUCACUCCUUGCAGCACAAAUGUGAUGCCUGUUACUUCAGUGGCCAGUGUUUGCACCAAGUGAAACCAUUGCAGCCAUGUAUGAUACAUGCAGCUUCACUGGCUUAUGCAUUGCUUUAUUCAGUUGGAUUUUUGGGAGUGAAGAUGGGUUAUGCUGUACUUAAGGGCAUGGCAUUCCUGCAGAGAUAACCCUGGCUUGGAGAGUUGUACGUGCCCUGGCAGGGUGUGAAGAGAUGGGAUCUUGCACCCUUUCUUAAGCUCAUCUGAUAGUGUGCUGCUGCCAUCUGUCGAGCAUCAGAAGACGUUUUGGUU